CCUCUGUUGCCCAAACCCAUUAAAAAUCUCGAAGCCUCUGUCUCUUCUUUUCUCAAUCGAUCAGUAAUUCCGAGCAGAGAGAGAAUUUCCAUUCUUGGCAAGGUAAAUCUUUUACUUAUCAUAUGUAUUGGGAUUUUUCUCUGUUUGGCUAAAAAGAUUUAGAAAAAUGGGAAAUAUAUUCGUGAAGAAACCGAAGAUUACAGAGGUUGAUAAAGCCAUUCUUUCUCUCAAAACCCAGAGGCGUAAGCUUGCUCAACAUCAGGAACAGUUGGAGGCUGUCAUUGAAGCCGAGAAACAAGCUGCAAAAGACUUGGUUCGGGAAAAGAAGAAAGAUAGAGCUUUAUUGGCUUUGAAGAAAAAGAAGGUUCAGGAAGACUUACUGAAGCAAGUUGAUGCUUGGCUCAUCAAUGUUGAGCAGCAAUUGGCAGAUGUUGAACUGGCUAGCAAGCAGAAGGCAGUGUUUGAGAGUUUGAAGGCAGGAAAUAAUGCUGUUAAAGCAAUACAAAGUGAGAUCAAUCUAGAUGAUGUUCAAAAACUGAUGGAUGAUACUGCUGAGGCCAAAGCUUAUCAAGAUGAGAUCAAUGAAAUUUUGGGAGAGAAAUUAUCAGCAGAGGACGAAGAGGAAAUUUUGGCAGAAUUUGAAAAUCUCGAGACUGAGUUAACCCUUCAAGAUCUGCCAAAAGUUCCUUAUGAGGCACCGGCUACUGAAGAACAAAAAGAGAAGUUGGAUCUUCCUGAUGUUCCAACUAAAGCACCAGUCAUUCCCGAGGCGGUGGCUGAUUCUGGACCCAGAAAAGUUAUGGAGGAACCAUUACCGGCUUGAUGUGGAACCAGUAGUGUCACUGCAACUUGCACCCAUAUGCCGCAUUUUAGUCGUGUUUCAAUAUUUAUUUGAAAUUUGAAAAAUCGAACUAACUUGUGUAAAUUAUUGUGAAGUUUCAUGGUGACAGUAUUUACCUAUCGUAUAGUGUACAGUAGAUUAGAGUUUAUUUUGGUUAACGAACGACUCCUUUCAUAGAUUCACUGUGUUAUGCGACUUAAAGUUUGGAGGUGUCAAAGUUAUGUAACUUCCUACUUGAAUUCUUGAAUUUGAAGUUCUUUCCAUGUUCUUUUUU